AUUCGUCAAAACGGCAAGACGGAAAGCACUCCCUGUUGUUCAGAGUGAAAACUGAAACCCCUAGCUAGCUCUACUACAAAACCCGCUUCUCUUCUCCUCUCUUCUCUUCUUCUUCUCCAUUAGUGUUGUGUGUUCCUUCAUCGCGCUGCACUUUCGUGUUCAUUUCGCUCUCAAAUCUCACCGGAAAGAUGUCGCUGCGAGUUCUGAACCCUAACGCCGAAGUGCUGAACAAAUCGGCCGCACUUCACAUGAACAUCAAUGCCGCCAAGGGCUUGCAAGAUGUCCUCAAAACCAAUCUCGGUCCCAAAGGCACCAUCAAAAUGCUUGUUGGUGGCGCCGGCGACAUCAAACUCACCAAAGACGGUAACACUCUCUUGAAAGAAAUGCAAAUCCAGAACCCGACGGCUAUUAUGAUUGCUAGGACGGCCGUGGCGCAGGAUGACAUCAGUGGAGAUGGUACCACUUCUACUGUCAUCUUCAUUGGCGAACUCAUGAAGCAGUCCGAGCGUUACAUCGAUGAAGGUAUGCAUCCACGUGUAUUGGUUGAUGGUUUUGAUAUUGCAAAAAGAGCAACUCUGCAAUUUCUUGAGAAGUUUAAGACUCCUGUUGUGAUGGGUGAUGAGCCUGACAAGGAGAUCCUUAAGAUGGUAGCAAGAACAACCCUGAGGACAAAGUUGUACGAGUCACUUGCAGAUCAAUUGACCGAUAUAAUUGUUAAGGCGGUUUUAUGCAUCCGUAAGCCUGAGGAAGGAGUUGAUUUGUUUAUGGUGGAGAUUAUGCACAUGCGGCACAAGUUUGAUGUUGACACACGCUUGGUUGAGGGUCUUGUCCUUGAUCAUGGUUCUAGGCACCCUGACAUGAAACGACAUGCUGAGAACUGCCAUAUCUUGACAUGCAAUGUAUCUUUGGAGUAUGAGAAGAGUGAAGUAAAUGCAGGUUUUUUCUACUCAAAUGCUGACCAGAGAGAGGCUAUGGUUGUUGCUGAAAGGCGCCAGGUUGAUGAGAAAGUUCAAAAAAUUAUUGAGCUGAAAAAACAGGUUUGUUCAGGUAAUGAUAGCAACUUUGUUGUCAUCAACCAAAAAGGAAUUGACCCCCCAUCACUGGACAUGCUGGCAAGGGAAGGAAUAAUUGCUCUUCGUAGAGCAAAGAGAAGAAACAUGGAAAGAUUGGUUUUGGCAUGUGGAGGAGAGGCAGUGAACUCUGUAGAUGAUUUGACUCCUGAAUGCCUGGGUUGGGCAGGAUUGGUAUAUGAGCAUGUCCUUGGUGAAGAGAAAUAUACAUUUGUGGAAAAUGUUAAGAAUCCCUUCUCUUGCACAAUCUUGAUUAAAGGUCCUAAUGACCACACAAUAGCUCAGAUCAAAGAUGCUGUCCGUGAUGGUUUGAGGGCAGUAAAGAACACCAUUGAAGAUGAAUCUGUUGUCUUAGGGGCUGGUGCAUUUGAAGUUGCUGCUAGACAAUAUCUGAUUAAUGACGUUAAGAAAACAGUUCAAGGGCGUGCACAACUUGGUGUUGAAGCUUUUGCUGAUGCACUUCUUGUGGUGCCUAAGACACUAGCUGAAAACUCUGGGCUUGACACUCAAGAUGUGAUAAUUUCCCUUACGGGAGAGCAUGACAGAGGAAAUGUUGUGGGAUUGUGCCAAAACACUGGAGAACCUAUAGACCCUCAAAUGGAGGGUAUUUUUGACAAUUAUGCUGUGAAGCGCCAAAUCAUAAACUCUGGGCCUGUUAUAGCAUCCCAGUUGCUAUUGGUGGAUGAAGUUAUUCGUGCUGGACGUAACAUGCGGAAGCCAACUUAGAUGUUCUUUCUUGCCUGGAGCUUCUCUUUCGAACAGGGCUUGCGUUCAACUUCCUUUAUUUCGUGGUGUCAGAAAUUGUUGUGACUCGCUACUUUUAAUCGAGAGCUUACCUUAAAAGUGAAGCAUGGGUUUUGUUUCUUUUUUCCUUUUUUUUUUCUUUUUGCUUUCUCAAAUGCUGUGUAAUCUAAGUCCACUAUGACUGAAUUUUGGGCCAUUACUACUUUAGGAAUUUGUAAGCAUGAUUUAUUUUGUAGAUCUAGUUGAAAGUUUGUUUUACCUUGAAAAGAUGCUUUUGUUUCAAUCAGUAGAAGCAGGUAGCACCACCAACCAUCAAUCUUUCGUUCUUAUUGGAUGGCCUGGUUUUAUCCA